AUGAUUACAAUCCUCCCAAUGUACUAUGCAGUGAUCACGCUGCUUUCGCUCGUGCUACUCAAGAAUUUCGAGAUAAUCACGCUGCCCGAGAUUCCUCUCACAUAUGGUAAGUGGUGGGCUCCCAGUUUGCUAACACCAGAAUCUGUCUCGCUGCAGAAACAGAAGUCCCAUAUUCAGCCCUCUGAGCUGUUCCAGAGGGUCAAGUUCUACUUUCUCAAUGAGAAUAAACAUGUGCAGAACCUUAUCCGAUUCGGCGCACCGUAUUACGCUCAGAUAAAGGAGACGUUGUUCCCGACUUUCACAGUCGCGAGAAAAUAUCUGGCCUCAGCCUCGCGUCCAAUAGUGGAGCAGGUUUCCUGUCUCGCGCCAUAUUACAACCUUGCAGUUGCCUACGUUGAACCGCGCUACAGUACCGUCAAAGAGCUGCUUUCCAAAACAGCAACCGAGGUGUGCGUCUUUUCAACCGAUGUCUACGACCUCUUUUCGUCCAAGCUCGCCCACUACUACUCCAAGUACCUUGAGGUCCAUGUGUCGGAUGUUCUGGACGGUUGGAAGCCAGUUUUUGACCAGUUUGUCGAGCAGUACGAAACGAAAGUGCGGCCGUUUGUGGACGAGCACAUCGACACCAUAUCGGUGGCUGCCGCGGUGCUGGUGGUGGUGUUACUUCCGCGGGCAGUGUUCCGCGUUUUUGGCUUCUUCAUGAGAAGCGUGGCCAAGGACGCUCACGAGCUCAGCCAGGGAGUGACCAAUAUGUACAAGAGCAGCUCAGAGAAUCUGGUCAACAAAUUUGGCACUCCUGAGUUUGAGGACAUGCUGGGGGAAAGCGGCGGCAUCAACGACGGGAUCACAGACCUGGGCGAAGCUAGCUCGCUGCGGUCGACGAAAGGCACCUCUGGUUCCAACAACAGCACCCAAAGGCGGCUAGGAGACAUUGCUAGACGGCCUGCCGUGAAUAAGCAAAGAAGACCCUCGAACAGCAGCUCUAGCAGCUCCUCCGGUGGAAGCCCCGUAAGUAAUUCAGGGAGGAAUCGCACGCCCCUACAGAAAACACAGACCGUCACAAGCCAGUCAGCGAGUCCAACCAGUGCAAGCCAGCCCGCAACUCCAAACAAGGGAGGGAAGAGCGCGUAUGAGGGAAAUAGAGCGCAAGAGCAAAGAGUCGCAGCGAGUUUCUCCACCGAAGAAAGCUUAAACCAGAUCCGUAUCGGGUGUGAGGUCUACGAAGUUACGAGCGAUAUUCUGUCUGCCACCACGCAGGAUCUCAAGUCGAUCAGACACAAAAAAUCGAAAUUGUUCAGCCUGGCUCCACCACUGCUCGAGAGCGUGGGAAGCGCCGAACAGUCAUCAGCAUCCGACGAAGUGGACUCGCUCAUAGAGUCAAGCAACUUUGAUAGCGUGCCGCUCAGCGUACGUGCAGAAUCGAUCAAUAGAAUACUGAACAGCCCGCUCCGGAUGGCUCGUUCGGCAGCUUCCAACGCGUCUUUCAAAUCCGGGUCCCCCCACAGGCUGGGUAUAAUGCCGCCGAGUUUGGCAUUCGUCUCAAGCUCGCCGUCCGCUGCUCCUGCACUCAACCACCUGAACGUGUACACAAACGACCAGAUCGAGAACUCUGCAUCUAGCGUCCAAUAUUUGAGCGACAUCAGUAACGGCAGAAUUUCACCCUCGUCUCCGCAAUCCUCAGUCAGUAACUAUGCUCGUUCGUAA